AUGAUUCGCCGCGCAUUCUCGACAGCCGCGGCUGCGGUGGCGACACCGGCCGCCCGAACAUCCCGCCUCCGACGAGAGGUCCCAGCUGCGAUCAAACUUACAGACGAAGCUGCAGCACGCAUCAAAGAGUUGAUGGCGAGUCGACCCGACGCGAUUGGCAUUCGACUGGGCGUUCGGACGCGUGGAUGCAGUGGGUUGUCGUACACAAUGAACUACGCAACGGAGAAGCAAAAAUUGGACGAAGAAGUGGCUGAAAAAGGCGUCAAGGUGUUCAUCGAAUCCAAAGCGCUGUUCCACGUCGUCGGCACCACGAUGGAUUACAAGAUCACGCCAGUGUCGGCCGAGUUUACGUUUGAAAACCCAAACGCAAAGGGCACAUGUGGAUGUGGCGAGAGUUUCAACGUGUAG